GGCAAAUCAAAAAUCAAAAGACCGGAGGGAAAGACCAAGAAGUGGAAAGACCGACGCCCGGAUCUGACAAUGCCAAUAAGAAAUCAACUGCUUGUGCAAGACUGUCAUUCUGCUCCAAGGCUCUGACGAGGCUGUUGAAUUCAAAGCUGAGGAGGCAAAAUGGAGAACGUUGAAGAAGAAGCUCAGCAGGGCGGUGGAGGCGGAAUCUGCCUCUAUUUACCUGAAGGCUUUGUCCCGGAGAGCAUGAUCGAAAACUUCAACCCACGUCCGCUCUUCCUGGACAUGCUUCGUACGCUGGAUAAGAAAAUCCUGACGCUCAUCGUGUUGCAGGAUGAAAUUGAGAAGGAGAGGCUCUCAUUCGAAGAGACUCAUGAGCGCCUGCUCCAGAAGGCAUCCUACUUAGCUCAAGUAGCAUCAAGAGUGAUGAUGACUUCCUUUCGGAUCAGUGCUGAGACACCUGUUGUCUCCGGAAUGCCGGAGAAAUUCCAGUCAUUUUGCGACAGCGCCGACUUCCACCGCAUACCAGGACCAGGGCUGUUUGUGUAUCUCCACAUUCAUGGAUGCCCAAUCCCUACUCACUGGACUAAAGCCCAGAUGCUUGUGCUGGCAGGGAUAAAUUACGCAGAGAACAAGGAAGUUCACAUGGCUGGCAUCACCCAAGCUCUGAAAGCCGAGCGGCUUGCCUUUGAAGACGAAAAGAAGCAGAUACUGCUUGAGGUGGAGAGCUUCAAAGUCACUCUUGAAGCCGAGCGGCUUGCUUUUGAAGACGAAAAGAAGCAGAAUUUGCUCGAGGUGGAGAGCUGGAAAGUCGCUCUGGAAGCCGACCGACUGGCUUUUGAAGACGAAAAGAAGCAGAAAUUGCUCGAGGUGGAGAGCUUCAAAGUCGCUCUGGAAGCCGACCGACUGGCUUUUGAAGACGAAAAGAAGCAGAAAUUGCUCGAGGUGGAGAGCUGGAAAGUCGCUCUGGAAGCCGACCGACUGGCUUUUGAAGACGAAAAGAAGCAGAAAUUGCUCGAGGUGGAGAGCCGCAAAGUCGCUCUGGAAGCGGUCCAGGGAGCCGAACAGGAGAUUUCUCCACGAGUCGAUGGCCUCAAUACUGAUUUCCAAGUUGCCCUUGCGGAAGCCAAGGCUGAGGAUAAAACUGUUAAGCAAGGGAAGAAGAGAGUGCAGAAGGGUGUAGAAGAUUCAAAUGAGAAGCCAGUUAAGAAACCUUACCUUAUCAUUUCACCUUCGCAUCCAGCCACCGAGUCUGAUGAAGAAGAUUGA